AUGGAUCAGCUAAAGAAACUGUUCAAAAAGCAUUCGCAGAAAGAGAAAGAACUCGCCAGACGGAAGCAAGUCCGGCGUUCGCGUUCGCUGCCACUCAGAGAGCUGGAUAAAGAGAACGCGUUGAAACCCAUCCUUCAUAGCAAACAGUUUCUGCAGCCUGGUGUCGAAUUUCUCGACUCGCCCAUUGGCGAAAUCCCCUUCAUUCUCCAAUCGGAGUUUAUUCUUGACAUCUGCCCUACGGGAGCGAUGGAUAUUGACACAGAGCCCAAGGAGGUCAAGAGGCCGAAGAAGCCUCUCAUGAAGAUCUUGGACGACUUCCCUGUCCCCCCAGCCACUCCUGUACUUAGGAAGGGCUGGGCGUCCGAUGCCACGAUGCCUAAAGACAAGUACGAACUAUCUAAGCUAUGCGGUCUUCCUCCCGAUGAUCUCUUGCCACCCAACCCCUACGCACCGUGGAUCCCGCCGUCGAGCACCAUCACUCAGAGACGUCCCGUACAGACUACCUCCGUCAAGCACAACGAAAGAACCUUCACCCGCCCGCCCGCCUCUCGAGGUAUUUACGGGAAUGCUCGCGCUUGCCACUCAACCAUGACCCUCUGUUCAACAUCUCGGUUGCCGUUGGUUUUGGAGCCACCCGCACCUCUCAAGAUCAGACGACGUGUUGCUCCAUCUUCUGCACCCGCUCAUACUGCUGUUCACGAACAGGCCUCAUCGAAGGCGCCGCGAUCUACUCCUUUGUCACCCCCUGUCACUCCUCGCGAACAGGAAACUCGGGCCGCUUGCAAACCAAUGCCAAAGGGACGCGUACCAGUGGACGUCCAGGAAGCCGACGGUAUGUGGGCCAGCUCCAAGAGCAUCCACGCGUCUCGUUUCAGUUGA